UGCUUUGAUUUUAUAAUGUUCAUGGUUGAACAGCCUUCAUUAUUCAGUAUAACCUCUUUUCGUAACAACACGGGCACCCAAAAAAAGCCUUGGUGGGCACCGCAUUGCGGACCACUGGUCUAGACCACCUUCACAUACACAUGAGAACUUAGAAACUUGCCUGUACAAAGAAAUUAUGUGAUAGAAAUUUUAACCGUCUUAUCAUUAUUGGGAUGUCUUCCAUGCUGUUGUUUCCUGACUGAUGAAAUAUGCUGUGUGAGGAUGUGCUUUUGUUUUAUGCAAAACCUGUCAAAGUUGGAUUGUCUUAUAUGCUUUGAUUGUAUAACAAAUGUGAUUACACUUUUAGAACUUUUAUAUUUGUAGUCUGUGCUUCAGGUGGACAAAAUAGAAGCUUGAUGUUUUUAUGAAGUCCACAUUUUUUAAGGGGCAUGCUUCCCUUAACAGUCACAGAUACAUAGUAAGAAAAGGAGACAUUCUUUGACACUAAAUUAUAUUACAUGAUUUUAUUAAAAAGAACUUUUGAGUUAUAUGUAAUACUAUACAGCUAAGUGUAAUGUGAUCUAAUAUAUAGUGCAGAAUGUGUGUAUUUGUUCAUGUUGUAAAGGAGGAGUUCAAUUUAAUUUUGAUUGAUCAGUUUUUGUGGGAAGCACUAAGAAGUGUUUUGAAUGACUGUUAUUGGAGACCUAAUUAAUUGGUCACAAAAUAAACAUAAUUUUUUUGGCUCAUGAAAUUAUUGUGAUAUAAAAUUCUUAGUCUUAUUCUGAAAGGAUGCCAUUGGGUAAUUCUGAAAACAAAAUCCAACCUAAUACAAAUAUGCUUUCUCAUUAUGUUGAUAUACUUCUACCAGUUUACAUGGUUCUAUAAUCCAGAAGAUACCCAUCUUUGAAUUUAAUAGUGUUUGCUCAUAUUUUGCUGUUCAUAUGUUUAAUGUAUUCAUAGCAGUUUUCAAUGGUUGAAGGUCUUUGGAAUAGUACCGUAAUUAGCAAUACACAUGAAUUUUAAAAUCCUUGAAGUGUUUGCACAAAUGUUAAAUGUCUCCAAAACAUAGGUCUCUUUCAUUUGGACAAUUUAUCAUAUGUAAAAUGCUUACUAUGUUUAUUAAAUGAUUGUAUUUCUCUGUUAGACUGAUUGUUGCUUUUUGAUUCAUUGGGAAGUGACAGUCAGACAGAAAAUAUGCAAAGCUGUUAAUGUUUUCACUUUUGGAAAAAGGUUAUAUGUAGGCAUGUUUGUAUGAUGCCUAUGCAGUGAAUGUCUUAUUACUCCUUUUCUAAUCAAUCAAAGCUUCACUGCAGCUUGGGAGAACUCUUUCUAUUUCCAGAUACAAUUUGCCAUUCAUUUGGUUCUCUAUAUGUAUAUUUUAAAAUUGGGUAAUAAUUAUGAGAGUUUUCUAAUGUGUAAGUGAACAUGUAAUUUUGUCAACACAUUUGCCUAGUGAUUAUUCAUUUCCCAUUUGGAACUUCCAAAAUCCUGCCUACCCCUUCUUGCUGAGCUUGUUUGGUUUUCCCAUGCAAGUCAAGAAAAUAUUAAUGCCAAUUUUACGUACGUGUUUAAGUUCAUUUUACUUAAAGCAGCGGUACAUAUGCAUUUCGAAACAGCGUAUUAGCAAGAAGCCGGAGUCCCUAAAUUAAUAAACUCAUAUUCAGUGGGAAACGCUUUCUGUUCUCUAAUGUCUUAUAAAUUUUAGUGAAUGAAUGUUGGCCAUUCUGUAUAGCCAUAUGUUCGGUCCGCACACCUGAGGGACUGGGGAGUUGGAACUUCAAGAGUAGUUGUGUCAGUGCAUUAAAAAUGUUGAUGUAACUUGAGUAUUUUAAUGAAUAAAAAUGCGGUAAAAUUUUAGUCACAUUUGUAGUCUUGUACACUCAUAUGAACUAUACACAGACGAAAGCUUACAGCUUGCGGAAGACGGCUUUGACGAAACUUGAUAUUGAAGAUGUCGAGUGGUAAAUGUAAGAAUUGUGGCUGCUCUGAAAUAGAUGUAGAUCCAGCUCGUGGAGAUGCAGUGUGUACAAAUUGUGGCUCAGUUUUGGAAGACAGCAUCAUUGUCUCUGAAGUUCAGUUUGAAGAGAAUGCACAUGGGGGUAGCUCAGCACUUGGACAGUUUGUUUCAUCUGAUUCUAAAGGAGGCGCAAGAGGUUUUGGUGGUUCUUUCCACGCUGGACUUGGAAAGGAAUCGAGAGAGAUAACACUCAGGAACACGAAAAGAGCAAUAGUUAGUUUGGCUCAACAACUUCGGUUAAAUCAACACUGCAUAGAUACAGCAUUUAAUUUCUACAAAAUGGCAUUACAACGUCAGCUAACAAGAGGCAGAAGAAAUACCCACGUUGUUGCUGCAUGUGUGUAUAUGACUUGCAGAACUGAAGGAACUCCACAUAUGCUAAUUGACUUCAGUGAUGUCCUGCAAAUUUGUGUUUAUGAACUUGGACGCACCUACCUCAGACUCUCCCAAGCUCUUUGUAUCAACAUUCCAUCCAUGGAUCCGUGUUUGUAUAUCUUGAGGUUUGCAAACCGACUCGAGUUUGGCGACAAAACUCACGAGGUAUCAAUGACGGCCUUGCGACUGGUACAGAGGAUGAAGAGGGAUUCGAUACAUACAGGUCGAAGACCAUCGGGACUUUGUGGCGCCGCUCUUCUGAUGGCAGCUCGACUUCACGAAUUUAGCCGCACUGUCUCAGAUAUAAUCAAGAUUGUGAAAGUACAUGAAUCUACAGUUAAGAAAAGGCUAAUUGAGUUUGGAGAAACACCAUCAAGCUCACUGACAUUGGAUGAAUUCAUGACAGUAGAUUUGGAGGAAGAACAGGAUCCACCUUCGUUCAAAGCUGCCCGCAAGAAAGACAGAGAACGGUUACAAAAAGUGGUGGAUGAAGAGGAAACAGCUCACAGCUUCAGUGAACUACAACAGGAGAUAGAGAGACAGUUGGAAGAGAAGGCAAACCGUAAGCGAACGCGCAAGCAAACACUAGGAUCUGAUGCAGAGUCAGACCACGAGAGCCAAGAUGCAGAUCGUUUCAUUGUUCAGUCAACCCUUGGCAUUAUCGAAGGUUGUAUAACAGAUGAUCCAGUCCCAAAAGAUGUCAAAAGUGUUGUUGAAGAUAACAGUGUGGAUGGGCAGAGAACAUCUUUUUCUACAGGAUUAGGGCCAGACAUUGCCAGUAUGGGUUUGGCAAACUCAUUGGACGAUCGUCCUGAUGUAAGAGCCCAUUCCGAACCCUUGGAAGAUGGGAAUGGUGAAAUUGAUCUCAGUGGUAUUGAUGACGAUGAGAUCGAGUCUUACAUCAUGUCUGAACGGGAAACCCAGUACAAAGACUCUCUGUGGAUGAAGAUCAAUGCCACCUACCUUAAGGAACAGAAAGAGAAAGAAGAACGGUUAGCCAGAGAAAAAGAGGAAGGAAAACCAGAAAAGAAGAAGAGAAAGCAGUGCCAAAGAAAGCCUAAGAACAAUAGUGCUGCUAAUUCAGCUGGUGAAGCAAUAGAGAAAAUGCUUCAGGAGAAGAGAAUAUCAUCGAAGAUAAACUACGAUGUAUUAAAAAGUUUGAAUGUUAAGUCAUUAGACACUUCUCAGACCGUUGAAAGUGGUGCAGUUUUGACCAAACGACCUGAAACUAUUUCAUUAUUUGGUUCUCCAGAAAGAAGAAGAAUAAGUGACAUGACACUGGAUAAACUGGAUGAUCCGGCAUCAAAAUCAAAGACAGUCCGAGCCGUACCCAGGAUUGAUGGUGUGACACGCAAGAACAAGAUUACGAUAGGACAUGGUUCUCCAGUGGCUGCCGCAGCAGCAGAAGAACCUCAUCAGACAGUGACGGAAACAACGGAAGUUCCGCCCGAACCUGAAUUAGAUGAUGCUGAUGAAUUUGAGGAUGAGCCUGAUGUGGAACAUGAACAAAAUGAUGAGAUAUCAUUAGCACAGAUGUUGAAUCACCACAGGGAAGAUGAUUAUUAUGGUGGUUAUGAAUAUGAUGAAUAUUAAUUUAGUUUCAUAUGGAAUGGUGGUUAAGGUAACCAGUACAACCAGAAAAUCAGGCAUUUGCAUCCAGUUUUCUUCUGCUGAAAAGGGACAAGAACAUAUUUAGAGUGAAUUAGCAAUGUAAAAAGUAGUUUAUUUCCAGCAUCACAAGAAUAAUUUAUGUUAAAAAUGAACUAAUGAGAUGUUAAUUAAUUUAUCAAGAGUAAUGUGCAAAUUUAACUAAGAAACAGAAUAUUUAGAGUACAAUUUAUAAUUAUUUUUUGCAUUGUAUUUCCAAUGUCAAAAUUUUGUUUCAUAUUUUCAAAUUUAUAUAAGUUCAUAACAACAAUACCAACAUUCUAACUGUGAACCUGCCAGGAAUGAUGACUUUUCAGUGUAUUGCUCCAGUACCCCAACAUAAUUUGAGAGACGAAGUUUAAAAGAACAAUUUGACAUAUUAUAAUGCACCAACAUCAUAAACCUCGAGACUUUGACCAAUAAUUUGAGAGCUUUAAAAGAUAGAAAAACCUCAUACAGAACCGUUAUAUCACAUCACUUGGACAUAAUAUAUAUUUAAUAUUUAAUUCAGUUUAGCUUUUAAAAUGUAUUAUUUCUGUAGAAUUUACAAUUACAAGAUUUGAUUCUUUUGAUAUUUUGACGGAUUGGCUCUAUGUACAUAUAUUAUAGUGCCUACAGUUUGUACUAUUGUAAUAUGGUUAUAUGAAGCGACGGGUUGCUGCUCUGCUGGAUGACGGUAGUUUUCAUGUAGAAGUGACAGAGCUUAGGAAAAGAAAAUCCAUAAGGUGAGUACUAAAGGAGUUUCAAAAUGAACUUUCAGAUUUAAUUUUGUUAUCAUGAUAAAGUUUAUUGAGACAAUACACAUAAAGAGAAAUGUACUCUACUACCUAUUUUGCAGAAAGCUGCAGUAUGCAUAGUCAGAACUCCUGCUGGUAGCCAGUUGUAUUUCUGGUGUGAUUGUGGCUGUCUUGAGUAUUUUCAUAGUUUUAUUUAGUCAUUCCAGAUGAGUGACACUGAAAUUAUACUUUAAAAUGGGUUACGACACCUUCCUUUCCAGCUCCACAUUUGGAGCUUAAAGUUGCAAAUAUGCACCCGUCAGCUUUCGAUCUGAUGUUUUACUGGGUUUUGGCAUCGUGUAGACAUGUUUCUGAUCAAUUAAUAUCAAAAAAUUUUGAGAUUAAAAGUAUAAACAUUA